AGUUUCAGAAAUGGACGGCUUUAUGGUUGACAGGACUAACGAGGCGAGGAAUCGCGAAAUAAUCCAGCAGUAUCUCAAUAUCCUUGAUGACUCGGCUGAAGGGAAGAUCUACGUACAAAAGGUGGAAGAUAUGAUCAGCACCGAAAAUCCACGAUUAAUUGUGAAUCUCAACGAUGUUCGCAGGAAAUCUGCUGAACGAGCUUCAGGUCUCAUCCACAAUUUCGUCGAAGAAAUUUUGUGCCUGGAACAAGCGGCAAAGGAGAUCAUACAGCGAGCCAAUCCUGACUUUGUAAAAGCUCAUGAUGUUCAAGUUGGCUUCGAGGGCAGCUUCGGUGAUCGUCAUGUCAAUCCGAGGUCGCUGAAGGCUGACUUUCUCGGAAAUCUUGUGUGCUGCGAAGGGAUAGUCACAAAAUGCUCCGUGGUCCGACCUAAAGUCGUCAAAAGCGUCCAUUACUGUCCAGCUACUAAGAAAACACUUGAAAAACGAUACACUGAUCUAACUUCUUAUGAGUCUUUCCCAACAAGCAACGUUUAUCCAACAGAGGAUGAGAACAAAAAUCCAUUGGAAACCGAGUUUGGACUGAGUACUUACAAGGAUCAUCAGACGUUUUCCGUGCAAGAAUUGCCCGAAUGCGCUCCAGCAGGACAGCUUCCUCGGUCGGUGGACGUGAUUGCAGACAACGACCUGGCCGAUCUUGUGAACCCCGGUGAUCGAGUACGCAUCAUUGGACUCUACCGUGUUCUGCCAAAUAAGCAGAACGGAUACUCGAAUGGAUCAUUCAGGUCGAUUGUCAUUUCAAAUAACAUCCAACUUCUGUCUAAGGAGACCACCAUAGACUUUAACCCAGAAGAUGUCCGAAAUAUCCGUAAACUUAGCAAGAAGAAGGACGCGUUCGAGCUCAUCGCUCAUUCUCUCGCUCCAUCUAUUUGCGGUCACGAUGAAGUGAAGAAAGCUAUACUUUGUCUGUUACUCGGCGGAUGCGAGAAGAUUCUCGAAAACGGAAGUCGUCUUCGAGGAGAUAUCAAUGUUCUGUUGAUUGGAGAUCCUUCUGUGGCAAAAUCACAGCUUUUGAGAUAUGUGUUACAUACGGCACCAAGAGCUAUUGCGACCACUGGUCGUGGUUCUUCUGGAGUUGGUUUGACCGCCGCAGUGACUACGGAUUCUGAUACUGGAGAGAGGAGGCUUGAAGCUGGUGCUAUGGUCCUGGCUGAUAGAGGAGUCGUGUGCAUUGAUGAAUUCGAUAAGAUGUCUGACAUCGAUCGAACUGCUAUUCACGAAGUUAUGGAGCAAGGUCGUGUAACCAUAGCCAAGGCUGGCAUCCAUGCAAAACUCAAUGCACGAUGUUCUGUACUUGCUGCUGCUAAUCCAGUUUAUGGAAGGUAUGAUCCCUUCAAAACGCCUAUGGAGAACAUCAACAUGCAAGAUUCGCUUCUCUCACGUUUUGAUCUCAUUUUCGUUCUACUAGAUGAGCAUGACCCUGAUAGAGACAGUAAAGUGGCCAGCCAUGUUCUCAAGCUGCAUUGCUAUCGUGCUCCCGGAGAAGAAGAUGGUACUGUGCUUCCUAUGGGAUCUGCUGUUGACACUAUGAGUACAUUUGAUCUUGCUGGUUUUGAAAGAACUAGUGAGAUGUAUGAGAGGAAUUCUGAUUGGGUGGAUGACUCGCAAAAGAUAUUAUCUGUGGAGUUUGUUAGAAAAUACAUCCAUCUGGCACGUUCUAUGAAGCCGAAGUUGACCGAGUCGGCUACUGAAUACAUAUCCGACGUCUAUUCAGAAAUCAGAUCGUUUGAUAUCUCAAAGACUGAUAGGGAAAGGACCAUGCCCAUUACUGCUAGGCAGCUGGAAACACUGAUCCGUCUUGCUACUUCCAUAGCUAAGGUUAGGUUCUCGAAGACUGUUGACAGAGUGGAUGCUGAGAAGGCUUACAAUCUUCUGCAUUUUGCUUGCUUCAAAGAGAAGCCAAAAGCACGUCUUGACUUUGAAAACUUGAAGAAGAAAGGUGUCGAUCACAGGAGUGAUGAUGAGGAAGAAGAAGAGAUGGACCAGUCUACUGUUACAGCCCCGACUAGGCAAGAACGCAGUACUCGAAGACGGCCUCGUGAUGAGACUACCGAAAGCAUGGACACAACAGCCUCCGAACCGCAACAAGCAGCUAAAAGACCUCGCACAGAGACGGCAAGCAUUGAUGUUGGCAGGUACAAACUCUUCCGUUCAUAUGUUCGAAAAGUGUUUGAUGAAAUCGGCACUACUGAUGACAUGAUAGAUCUGGAAAGAGUCACUGAAGGAGUGCAAUCACAGGCCGGCACAAACCAGUUCACCGCUGGAGAGCUAGAAGCCGGAUACGAGCGCAUGGCUAGUGACAAUGCAAUCAUGAUUGCUGAUAACAAGAUCACACUUAUCUAACUUUUUACAUUGCUAGUGUGUACUUACGUAUCGAUCACACAUCCCAGUAAUUUUUUGCAAUGAUCUCAGAGUAUUUUUAA